GGUUUGAUCCAAUGAUCUUUGAAAUACAACUUUUAUCCAAAAAAUCCACUGCAUUGGGAUUUGUCAAAGUUGUAACUACAUCGCUUGACGUUGACUUUUUAGUUUCACAUUUAUCACAAAUUAUAUUAGGAAUUCUUACAUGGUCUACAGAGCAUAGAAGUUUCAAAUUUAAAGUUAGACACAUUUUUGAGCGGUUAAUACAUCGGUUUGGAUUUGACACGAUAGAAAAACAUGUACCUGAAAAUGAUCGAAAAUUAUUGUCAAAUAUUCGCAAAAGAAAAAAUCGAGCCAAACGUAGAAAGAAUAUGGAUUUGGAUAAUGAUGAUGAAAAACAAGAUAUAGAAGUAUCAGUUAGCAAGCAAAAAAGGAAAAGUUCUAUGUCUAAUGACGCGUAUGAAGAUGUAUUAUAUGGAAGUGAGAGUGAUUUUGAAGAUUCUGAACAAGAAGAAGAGGCUUCAACCAAAGUAAGAUCUUCGAAUAUGCGUAGUAAAAAGGCACCUGUAUCAUGGAUAAAGGAAGAUAAUGAUUCACCAGUGGAUUUUUUGGAUAAAAGUU